AUGUCAAAUUUAACAGUUAAUGUUAUUGAAGAAAAGAAUUUAGGAGAUAAUAAACCAUGUGUAUUAAAAUUUUCACAAGGUUUACCACCACUUUCAUUCAUUGAGAAAGAACCAGAAUUCAUUAGUAUGAGUACAAAGAAUAAAAGACAUAGAGUUGUUUUAACCAAUACAGAUCAAUUAGAAUAUGAAUCAGAGGAUAAAGAUUCAAAAUAUGCAAAAUACGCAAUUGGUAUCUUUGAUAAAAAUACAAAACAAUUAAAAAUUGUACCAACUAAAAUACAAACUAUGAAUCAAUCUGUUAUUGGUUAUACCUUAACUUUAGAUUCUUCUUCUGUAAUAUCAAGAGAAGAACGUUAUGAUAAAAUUAAGAAAUUGGCAGACAGUUUUGGUUCUAAGAUUACAAAGAAGAAGAUGCAAAAAAUGGAGAUGGAAAAUGUAGAAAACUUAGAUUACGAAAAAACAACUAAAUCAAUUGAUGCUGUUAAAAAUGAAUUGGCUGAUAUUGAAUCAAAUGAGAAACCAUUUGAUUUACCAGAUUUUGAUGCAGAAACAAAUGAUGUUAGAAAGAUAUAUAAUAUUGAAGCAAUUUUGCCACCAAGAAUAUUCUUUGGUUUAAAUCAUCAACCAUUUUUAGAUAUUAUUAGCAAAACAUCAGAAGCACCAUCAUAUUUACCAGAAUACUUUAAAGAUCAACUCAAAAGAUUUGAAGAUAUUAAAGAUGAAGAAAAAGUUGUUUAUAAUUGUAAACUUUUAACCUUUAUGUGGUAUUCAAUGAUUUUAAUGAAAUCUAAAGGUGGUCAUGAACCAUUAAUUAAAGAAGGUUGUACAAGUGAAGUUAUUAAUUUCUUAGUUUCAAUAUUUGGUAGUAAAAUCAAUCAUAAGAAAUAUAAUAUUUCUCAAGAUGAUAAAUUAAAGAUUUACAAUUAUCUUGCAAUCUUUGCAUUAAAACUUGAAGAUUUCCAAAUCACUGAUAUUAAAUCAUUGGCACAAUCAUUAUCACUCACUUCAAGUUCUUUUGAAAAACAUUUCACUCGUGUUGGUUGUAAAGUUGUUAGAAUUGGUUCUGAAAAGAGAUCUGUUAGACUUGAAGCACCUUUAAAAUUACCAAAAGCAAGAUUUAGCAAUUAA